AUGUCACCCUCCACCUACCGCAGAGCAGCGCUUCCAGCCUUCCACCCACAGAGUGAUGCUAGUGUCACUCCAUCGGGACAGAGCUCCCCAUUUCAUCCCCUGAAAGUGGGAUACUCCAAAGCUGUUCCAGGAAUCCCUACUUCAUAUGCUGCUGUCUUAAGGCUCAAGUCUGCCAGCUCGUCAUACUCCUCAUCGGCCAUUAACUCGAAGAGCCGGCAACGAUCAAGCAGCCCUGCUUUGGGAAGCAUCUCUUCGCCGAGCUGGCAAGGGGAACCACAACAUUAUCACUCGCCGACAAACCUCUAUCACUUUGCAGAGGCCUUCAAGCAUGAUGAGAGUGUCGAUUAUGGGCCGGUGUUUAUACAAGAGCCUGACAAUGUAAUUUUCCCCAUGGAUUCAGAUGAGAAGAAAGUAUCCCUCACCUGUCAAGCACGAGGGAACCCAGCACCAACCUACAGAUGGCUCCGGAAUGGAACAGAGAUAGACACCGAAAGUGAUUACCGGUACAGUGUGAUAGAAGGGAGCAUUAUCAUCAAUAACCCCAGCGAAACAAAAGAUUCUGGGCAGUAUCAGUGCUUUACCACCAACAUGUUUGGCAGCAUACUGAGCAGAGAAGCUACACUUCAGUUUGCAUGUGAGUAG